CUCAAUCGCCAUAAUGGUAACGCCCCAAGAAUGUGCCCAACAGAAACUGACUGAACUUGUCCUUUCGGGAAGUGAACGUGUCGCUGAGGCAAAAAUCGCUGGUGAGAUCGCCGAAAAAGUUGAUGAGGAUGCGCAACGCUGUAGUAAGGAGGGAGACCAUCCGCAGUCGGAUGAGCGCCAUAGACUCAUAUCGGUGGCCAAUCGUUUACCAUGUACCAUUCAUAAGGACGAUGCCACUGGGAAAUGGGUCGCCAGCAAGAGCUCGGGAGGGCUGGUAUCAGCAUUAAGUGGGGUGAGCGGUAUUGAUAUGCAUUGGAUAGGCUGGCCGGGGUGUGAGGUGCCCGAUGAAGACAAGGAGGAAGUCGCUGAAUUGGUGAGAGAUCAAGGAUGCUAUCCAGUGUUCCUAACUGAUGCCGAGAUCGACUUGUACUAUAACGGCUUCUGCAACGACACACUGUGGCCUCUGUUCCAUUACAUUACUCCGUCAACACAGCGUGUCAUUGAGGGUAGAACGUUAGAGUGGGAAACCUACCAGAAAGCUAAUGCCAAGUUCGUGGAUGCUAUUAUGAAGGUUCUGCAUGAUGACGAUUUGGUUUGGGUUCAUGAUUAUCACCUUAUGUUGGUGCCCAAGCUGUUGCGAGAGAGAGUUCCCAAUGUGAAUAUUGGCUGGUUUCUUCAUACACCUUUCCCGUCAGCUGAGAUCUAUAAAAUGCUACCGCAAAGAGAAGAGCUUUUACAAGGUCUGUUGUCGGCCAACUUACUAGCCUUCCAUGUGCACGACUAUGUUCGGCACUUCUUGUCCAGCUGUGUACAGUUAACCACUUUGGAGAUCACUCCUCAAGGAGUUGACGCGACACCUCUCAAUGGCAUUUUCGUCAAAUGUGCUACAAUACCGAUUGGCAUCGACCCCGCUCCAUUCAAGUCAUUGUCUGAGUCUGUGACCGUAGCAGCAAGAGUGGCCAGUCUGAAGGAGCAGUGGGGUGACAGGAAAGUCAUUCUCGGUAUCGAUCGUCUUGAUUAUAUAAAGGGUAUCCCGCACAAACUGAAGGCUUUCGAUAUGUUCUUGGAUGAGCAUCCUGAAUGGGCAUCUCAGUGUGUCUUGGUACAACUGGCUAUUCCUACUAGGACUGAAGUGCCUGAAUACCAACGGUUGAGGCGUCAGGUCCAUGAGAUGGUUGGAUCGAUUUGUGGCAAGCAUGGCAACCUUUACACUAGCCCUCCAGUGGUUUAUCUUGAUGGAUGCGUUGACCAUCAGGAAUUGACUGCCUUAUACAGAGUGGCUGAUGUUGCGCUCAUCUCAUCUAUCCGCGAUGGUAUGAAUCUAGUUGCCUACGAAUUCGUAGCAUCUCAACAACACAAGAACGGCGUUCUAGUGAUUAGUGAAUUCGCAGGAGCCGCGCAGUAUCUUGGAGCUGGCAGCAUUCGGAUCAACCCAUGGAACCUUGAGGAGGUGUCCUGGGCGAUAUACGAGGCAUUGACUAUGGGUGAGGAGCGUCGUAAGGAGAUGCAUGACUACUGUUUCAAAUACAUCAACAGCCACAGUGCGCAGCGUUGGGCUGAGACCUUCAUCGCUACUCUCAAAGAUGCUUGCGCACAACGAAAAGAUAUUUCUGCCUCGGUAACUCCUCUGCUACCAUUCAAUAAGUUGCGCACUUCCAUUGAGUGUAGCAAGAAGCGCCUCCUGGUGUUUGACUUGAUGGACUGUCUUGUCCCAUCUAAGACGAGGCGUGGUGUACCGGCGAAACUAUAUCAGUCUCUGAUGUCAGUUCCCAAGGAUCUCAUGGCAAGUCUUCAACAACUGGCUAAUGACGAGAAUACUAUAAUGGUCGUGACAACGAGUCACUCUAAACAAGUCUUGGAGAGGCUUCUCGGACAGCUGCCGAUCUACCUUCUACCCGAAAAUGGUUGCAUCUAUCGGAAUCCUGGGGGUGUUUGGAAGCACACUGAGGCUCUCAAGUGUGGUUGUAUUAUGGAAGAUCACUCAUUGGCUGAGAUCGACGAAGGUACGGAGUCCACAGCAGGCAUCAGCUCUCCUCGUUCCCGUGCUGCUUCGUCUAGUGCUGACACUUCUGACCAUAAUUGGAUGAACGGCGCUGAAGAAGUGCUAAAAUACUUCCAGGAGAGAACUCCCGGUAGCUACAUCGACCGGACCGAGUUCAGUUUGAAGUGGUUUUUCGAUAAUACCCAAACCGACUUUGGCGCUCCCCAAACCCGGGACCUCAUGAUACAGCUUUGGGCGGGGCCUCUCGCCAACGGUGAGGCCGAGAUUGUCGUGGGCAAUAGAUAUAUCGAAAUCCGACCUAAAGAUUCUUCGAUUGCAUGCAAUCUAGAGAGCAUACUCCAUUAUGAGAUACUCGAGACGGAUCCAGCCUCUGAUUCAAAGGUCGAUACUUGCGUCGUUAUCGGUGCAUAUCCUUUCCGUGAUGAAGAUGUCUACCAAGCAGUUGAGGAUACACUUGUCCAGCAGUGGCUACCGAAAUACACUAGGAGUGUAUCGUCGGCGUCACGGCAAUCGAACUAUGAGUGCAUCAUGGAUGUGAUGGGUUGGGAGGCUUUGAGAGGCCACUCUCAACAGCCUAGCGAGUUGAAGCCUAUGCAUGAUGGUGGAAAACAUUCUUUGAAAUGUGCGAGCGGUAUCACUGCGGAUGGUCAUGAAGUUGAAUACUCAGAAGUGGUCAAGUCACCUACUAUAACAGACUCCACUCGACAGACGCCCCGUGGUGAUCUGGAAGCUCCUACAGCUGUUACGAGCUCAUCGACUGUAUCGACGUCGUGCUUGGAUGAGUCAUUAGCAACAACAGAGUCGAUGAAGGAGAAUCUACAUCACUUACACGACUCCUAUUACUCAAUAGCUGUUGGUCAGUGUAAGGUCUCCAAGGCAAAGUAUUCCAUCCCGAAUACCUAUUAUGUGGCUAGUCUUGUCCAUGAUAUUGCGACGCGUUUACCGCAGUCGCCAACAGCGGGUGUCACCAGCAGUGAUUCUGUCCCUGCUGAGCACCAUACUAUUCACCCUACUCUUACGACCGCUUAGGCUCAUGCUACUGUCCUUAUAUCGGAGCCCUGUGCUGAUCGACACUGUGAUGUAUGAAUAUUGUUGUUGUUGGCUUGCUAUGUUUGCUAGUGUUCUUCUCCAUCUCCUUGUCAUUUCUCUAUCUAAUCUCGAUCAACAUCAAGCUAG